CGGAUCCGCGGAUCCCUCCGCCCUUCUAGUCACGGAACCGGGCCGAACCAGCCCGUAAACCGUUGACAUGCACGCAGAGGCAACCUCACUCCUUCAGAGUAACAAGUGUUCAAAGUGCUGUCUCACAUGCUGGUUUGCUGAAGGGCUGAUAGCAUUCAGACUCGCUGUCUUGCUUUGUGCUGCUAACUCACAUUAAGCCUAAAAUAUACUAUGGUUGUGUUACUUUUCUAUGUGAGCAAUAGGUGGAGUUGGAACAGGGAUGUUGCCGCUUUGUGCUUGGAAGAGGCGGUGACCAUCAUGAGAUCUUUUUCUGUUAGAUGUGUUCAUUCUGUGGCAAAGUUCGAGAUCUCCAAAGAUGAUAUAUGUCCUGCAAGUUCUCUGAGUGCCAAGCGUUGAAUUAUGAGCUGGAGUGUCACCAGUGCACCAUGAAGAUUGACUUCACUUUUGUCCUCCCAAGGAUCACAUACUUUAUGAAUUCACUUUCUCUUCCAUCUUACUGCCACCUCCUUCAAUACUGUCAUCACUUCUAGGAAACCAGAAUCAGAAGCUUUGGCUUCAUCUCUUUCCUCCCUCCCAGGAACAACCAGUGUCAUCUUUGUGUUCUGCUAAAACAAACCUCUGUGGGUUAUUUUGCCCUUCGCAAACGUGCGCCAGCUGGAGAAGUCACUUCAUAUACCCUGUACAUCUGAGAUAAAGGCCUCUGGAUAAUUGAGAUCUUUGCUUGGAGAGGACGCGUUUCUUCUUGGUCACGUGCCCCUGCUAUUUCCCUUUCCAACUGCUCUUCCUCACUCUGUCAGUCUGUGCUCUCCUCUUCCUGCUGGAUUUAACAGAUUCAGUGUUGACUGCUGGAGUUGUCCUCCCAGUAGUGUGGCUUUUGUUUUUCUCCUGGUGAAAGCAGAUUCUUGAAACAAUGGGGUUCACUCUCCACUCUGUCUACUUCACUUUGAAGGUGAGUUUGCUGCUUGGCUCCUUGCUGGGUCUCUCUUUGGGUCUGGAGUUCAUGGGCAUCCCCAACCAGUGGGCCCGCUUCCUCCGCUGGGAUGCCAGCACUAGGAGUGAACUCAGCUUUCAGUUCAAGACCAAUGUCUCUGCUGGGCUGCUUCUCUACUUUGAUGACGGUGGUGUCUGUGACUUCCUCUGUCUGUCUCUUGUUGAUGGGCGCAUCCAGCUCCAGUUCAGUGUGGACUGUGCAGAGACUACAGUUAUCACAGAUAAACAGGUCAAUGACAGCAACUGGCACUUCCUGAUGGUCAGCCGCAAUCACCUUCGGACAGUGCUAGUGCUGGAUGGUGAAGCCAAACCAGGUGAGGUACGUCCACAGCGUCAAUAUAUGAAUAUUGUCAGUGACCUUUUUGUGGGUGGAGUCCCUUUGGACAUCCGUCCUGCCACCUUGACACUUGAUGGUGUUCUGAGUGAGCCUCCGUUUCAAGGAUUUAUUCUGGAUCUGAAAUAUGGCAACUCUGAGCCGCGUCUUCUGGACAGUCAAGGAGUCCGACUGGAAAUGGAAGGGCUCUGCGCAGAAAACCCUUGUGAAAAUGGUGGCACUUGCUUUCUUCUGGAUGGUGAGCCGCACUGUGACUGCUCAGCUACUGGGUACGUUGGCAAGCUGUGUUCUGAAGCGCGAGAUGAGAACAUGGCCACUUUCCGUGGUUCCGAAUACCUUUGCUAUGACCUGUCUCAAAACCCCAUCCAGAGCAGCAGCGAUGAGAUCACUCUCUCCUUCAAGACAUGGCAACGCAACGGACUCAUUCUGCACACCGGCAAGUCUGCUGAUUAUGUCAACCUGGCCCUGAAAGAUGGUGCGGUCUCACUGGUCAUUAACCUGGGGUCUGGGGCCUUCGAAGCCAUUGUGGAGCCUGUCAAUGGCAAAUUCAAUGACAACGCAUGGCAUGACGUUAAGGUGACGCGCAACUUGCGGCAGGUGACCAUCUCUGUGGAUGGCAUCCUUACCACCACGGGUUACACACAGGAAGACUACACCAUGCUGGGCUCAGAUGACUUCUUCUAUGUGGGAGGGAGCCCCAGUACUGCUGAUUUACCUGGCUCUCCAGUAAGCAACAACUUCAUGGGCUGCCUCAAAGAGGUUGUUUAUAAGAAUAAUGACAUUCGUCUGGAGCUGUCUCGCUUGGCACGGAUUGGUGAUACUAAGAUGAAAAUCUAUGGAGAAGUGAAAUUUGUAUGUGAGAAUGUGGCUACACUGGACCCCAUCAGCUUUGAGACACCUGAGGCGUAUAUUAGUUUGCCCAAAUGGAACACCAAAAGGAUGGGCUCCAUAUCAUUUGAUUUCCGAACCACCGAACCCAAUGGGCUAAUACUUUUCACCCAUGGCAAGCCUCAGGAGAGGAAAGAUGCCAGGAGCCAGAAAAACACUAAGGUAGACUUCUUUGCAGUUGAACUUCUAGAUGGGAACCUCUACUUGUUGCUGGACAUGGGGUCUGGGACCAUUAAAGUCAAAGCCACGCAGAAGAAAGCCAAUGAUGGAGAAUGGUAUCAUGUGGAUAUUCAACGAGAUGGAAGAUCAGGUACUAUAUCAGUGAACAGCAGACGCACCCCAUUCACCGCUAGUGGAGAGAGUGAGAUCCUGGAUCUGGAGGGUGACAUGUACCUGGGUGGGCUGCCAGAGAACCGGGCAGGACUCAUCCUUCCCACUGAGCUCUGGACAGCAAUGCUGAAUUAUGGCUACGUUGGGUGUAUCCGAGAUUUGUUCAUCGAUGGGCGAAGCAAGAACAUCCGGCAGCUGGCAGAGGCACAGAAUGCAGCAGGAGUCAAGUCCUCCUGCUCCCGCCUGAGUACCAAGCAAUGUGACAGCUACCCAUGUAAGAAUAAUGCAGUCUGCAAGGAUGGCUGGAACCGUUUCAUUUGUGACUGCACUGGCACUGGCUAUUGGGGGAGAACAUGUGAACGAGAGGCCUCUAUCUUGAGCUAUGAUGGCAGCAUGUACAUGAAGAUCAUCAUGCCCAUGGUCAUGCAUACUGAGGCAGAAGAUGUGUCCUUCCGUUUCAUGUCCCAGCGCGCCUACGGGCUGUUGAUGGCAACCACCUCACGAGAUUCUGCUGACACUCUGCGUCUGGAGCUGGAUGGAGGCCGUGUCAAACUAAUGGUCAACUUAGACUGUAUCAGGAUAAACUGUAACGCCAGCAAGGGACCUGAAACUCUUUAUGCGGGGCAGAAACUCAACGACAAUGAGUGGCACACUGUUCGGGUAGUUCGACGUGGAAAGAGCCUCAAACUGAUGGUGGAUGAUGACGUUGCUGAGGGCACAAUGGUUGGUGAUCACACCCGCUUGGAGUUCCAUAACAUCGAGACAGGGAUCAUGACGGAGAAACGUUACAUUUCUGUCAUCCCUUCUAGCUUUAUUGGUCACCUUCAGAGCCUCAUGUUCAAUGGGAUGCUCUACAUUGACCUGUGCAAGAAUGGUGAUAUUGACUACUGUGAGCUGAAGGCACGCUUUGGUCUCCGCAACAUUAUAGCUGACCCUGUGACAUUCAAGACUAAGAGCAGCUACCUGAGUCUGGCCACCUUGCAGGCUUAUACAUCCAUGCACCUCUUCUUUCAGUUCAAGACCACUUCAGCUGACGGUUUCAUACUUUUUAACAGUGGUGAUGGUAAUGACUUCAUUGCAGUUGAGCUAGUCAAGGGCUAUAUACACUAUGUGUUUGACCUUGGGAAUGGACCCAAUGUUAUUAAAGGCAACAGUGACCGUCCUCUUAAUGACAACCAGUGGCACAAUGUUGUCAUCACCAGAGAUAACAGUAACACACACAGUCUAAAGGUGGACACAAAGAUGGUCACUCAGGUUAUCAAUGGAGCCAAAAAUCUGGAUCUUAAAGGUGAUCUCUACAUUGCUGGUCUAGCUCAAGGCAUGUACAGCAACCUCCCAAAGCUAGUGGCCUCACGUGAUGGAUUUCAGGGCUGUCUAGCAUCUGUGGACUUGAAUGGGCGUCUUCCUGAUCUAAUAAAUGACGCUCUGCACCGCAGUGGGCAGAUUGAACGUGGAUGUGAAGGACCAAGCACUACAUGCCAGGAAGAUUCCUGUGCAAAUCAGGGUAUCUGUAAUCAGCAGUGGGAAGGCUUCACCUGUGAUUGCUCCAUGACUUCAUAUUCUGGGAGCCAGUGUAAUGACCCUGGUGCCACAUAUAUAUUUGGGAAGAGUGGAGGCCUCAUCUUGUACACCUGGCCAGCUAAUGACAGACCAAGCACAAGGACUGAUCGUCUUGCUGUGGGCUUCAGCACAACAGUGAAGGAUGGCAUUCUUGUACGGAUUGACAGUGCCCCUGGACUCGGUGAUUUUCUGCAACUGCACAUAGAACAAGGCAAGAUUGGUGUAGUCUUCAAUAUUGGCACAGUGGAUAUCUCUAUUAAAGAGGAAAGCACACCUGUGAAUGAUGGCAAAUACCACGUUGUGCGCUUUACCAGGAAUGGUGGCAAUGCUACGCUUCAAGUUGACAGCUGGCCAGUGAAUGAACACUAUCCAACAGGCAACACUGAUAGUGAACGGUUCCAAAUGGUAAAACAGAAAAUCCCCUUCAAAUAUAACCGGCCUGUAGAGGAGUGGCUGCAGGAAAAAGAUGAUGCAACACCGCAUCACCACUUGACUUCGAGACCUGCCACGACGACCACCAAAAUUGGACGACAGUUAACGAUCUUCAACACCCAGGCGCAAAUAGCCAUAGGAGGAAAAGACAGAGGGCGUCUCUUCCAAGGCCAACUCUCCGGUCUCUAUUACAAUGGCUUGAAAGUGUUGAACAUGGCAGCAGAGAACAACCCUAACAUUAAAAUCAAUGGAAGUGUCCGUCUUGUCGGGGAGGUCCCUUCCAUCUUGGGAACAACACCCACAACAUCUGUGCCACCAGAAAUGUCUACUACUGUCAUGGAAACCACAACUACAAUGGCCACCACUACAACCCGAAAAAAUCGUUCACCACCUAGCAUCCAGACAACAGAUGACAUUGUUUCAUCCGCUGAAUGUUCUAGCGAUGAUGAAGAUUUCAUUGACUGUGAACCCAGUACAGACACAGAUGAUAUUUCCCUCUGAGGUAUACUUCAAGAUUAUCUUGAGACCACCUGUUUGCAUAGAUUAUAUAUGCCCCACUCUGACCAUGGAUAGGGCUUCUGGACAUAUCUAAAUCAUAUUACAUGCUCCAGUUUGCACUGAACAAAAAACAACUCAGAUGCGCAAACACAAAAUGCCACGUACUCGCUUGGCAGAUUAAACUUUUUACUUUUUUCCAUAUUUUUUGCUAUACAUAUUUCUUCUUCGUCUCCUCUGUAAGAGAAGUGGUAUGACUAUGCUGACGAAGUUCAAAAAACUAAACAGCACAUUCAGGUCGGCCCUUUUUAUCUCAUUUUAAAAAUCACUUUGCAUGCAGGUAUGUUAAGAGAAUAUGUAAAGUGCCAUAUUCUUUAUUUUGGCCUCAUUUCUAUCUGGUAUGUGUGAGUUAAUUCUGACUAUUUCAAUUUAUUAAACUGUGUCACCACUUAGUUUCUCAUUAAGGAUAAGAAUAAGCCGUUUUGCUAGUUCAACUACACAGAUUUAAUCAAAUUGUUAAGUACUUUUUUCAGUGUAUUACUAUCAUCUUCAAUAUGUGAUUUGUUCAAAUAUAUUGCAUUUCAAAUAUAUUUAGAAUGGAUUAUGAUUUUAUUCUUUAUAAAAAUUCCAUGGACAAUUCUGGCAGUAUUUAAUGGGAAACAAGUGCGUGUAACAUAUAGUGCAGGUAGAAAAGAGCAGAACCCUAAUGUAGUUCAGCAUCAUAACAAUACCGGACUGUUCAUUAACAAUUAUGAAUAUGUAAGUAAAAGCUGGAAUUAUUUUUUUAGAACCUAAAAUUCUUUUUGCACCUCUUUCUUUAAGAACCAGUGAAUACAAAUUAAUUAAUGCUUCCCUACAAGUACUUACAUAUGACUUGACAAAAGAUCUGGAUGACUACUCAUUGUUUCAAAUAAAAUCUUCAGUUUAUAUUUAAAUCAACUAGCUUAAGUGACUAACCAAAGAGAAGUAGCCAUGGGAAAAUUUAUACACAAAUUUUCAAAAGCAACGUGUCAGCAACCUGCAUGUUAACAGAAGACUAUGCAGUCUCAACUAAGUGAAUUAAAGAAAUGAAUUAUACCUUCAUAUCAGAGUAAAAUGCUGGAGUGUUAAUUAUUUCUAAGCUCAAAAGAGAAAAUACACUCAUUUUACAAUAUAUAGACGAAUUAAGACUACUCAACUAUGAGUAACAAUAUUGCUGUACAGAAGCCAAUCUUAGAAAUGACACUAUGGUUUUCUCGUUUCACAUUAUACUUCAGUAAGGUACAGAAAUUACAGCUAUAGCUAAGUUACACUUCCAGAGUAGGCUAUAAGCCUACCUCAUUUUUAGUCCUUUGUAGGCACCUAGCUACCAUGCUGGGAAGAAAUAGCACUGAUAUCUGUGUAUCAAGAAUAACAGCAUGAGUGAAGACAAUUUCUGUUGUGCAGAUUCAAGCACUAAUUUGGGUCAUCAGCGCUUAUUUAGUUGCAUCAUCAAUCACAAUUAAUUCUUUUCUUAAGUUUUAAUCAAAUUAUAGUAAAAGGAUAUAAAGAAGAACCAAAGCUCAAGAUGAUAUGACAUUAGUAGCCAAAGAAGACAAAAGGCAAGGCACAUGUCUAAUGUAGAACAAAAAGGUAAGAUUAAAAAGAAAUGAACAAGCUUUGAGUAGAGCUCUGUGCCUUCAUGGACCCUAGUAAGUACCUGAUUCUUAUUCCAUACCUAUCUUUCAUGAACGUUCUCACAAUUUAAAAACCAGGCAACAAUCAAGAAGAAACGGAUGAAUGCGAAAGGCCUUAGGGAAAGGCCUUAGAAAAUACUACAGGGGGAAAACACACUUGAGUAUCAGAGAAAAAAUAUCAGUGCUUUCUUAAAUGAAAAGAAGCAGAGGAGGAAAAACCGUUAAAAUGAACAGUAAAAUCCCUCUGAGCACAUAACUGUACUGGUGGUCUGAAAUAGUUCAUUUUAACAGUCUUGUAACCAGUUGCUCAAGAAAGAUUAGUGCCAAAAACUGAUGCCCACAGAGUCACUUGAGAGUAUCUUCAAAAGCAAAAAUUUGAGUCUCCAAAAAUUUGUAGUGUUUCACUCUACAAACCUAGCAUAGACUAGGGUGAAAGAAAAUGGAACACAUGAUUGAUCAAUGCCAGAAGCAGAGUGGGAGACAAGAAUCAAAGAAACCCCCAAGAAAGUUAUUGGUAGUGUAGCUGUGCAGGAAAUCUGUUCCCUGACACUUAUUCAUAAUGCCCACAUCCUUGUACUGCCCUUAAGAGACUUGAAAAUGGUGUCUUGUAUCAGUAACAUGUACUAAUCUUCUUUUUUCUUCUCUUUUCCA